AAAUAAUGUAAAAAAUUCGAAAAAUGAAAAAUGCUACAAAGCAUUGGAAAAAAGUUGAAAUAAACUACGAAAAAGACAAUAAAACAAAAAAAAUUGGCAAAAAGGAAUAAAAAUUAAGAAGCAAACUGAAUCUUUGAAUUUUUCUUCUUCUCUUUACUAUGAGUCUCGGAUUUCCCGUCUGCUUCCCAAUUCCCACAACUGGAGUUAAGUGAUGACGUCACAUGUUUCUUCACCUCGCAUUUAUGUAAUAAUCUUCAUUAAAUCGUAUAUGACACAUCUCAAUUGGAUAAUGUGUCUCACAAUUGGCAAAUUAUCGUCUCAGCUGCGACAUGCGUCUUAUCCCCUUAUCUCAUCCUGUCCCUUUAUUUUGCACAAGACGUAGGUCUUGUCCGUUUUCGGGGGCCGUUAAGGCCCCAAUUGCUGCGCUUUCACCUCCAGUUGCGUCUUUGGCAUCAUGACCGAAAUGAGCGAAGCCCAUUUCGGGGAAGCCGAUCCCGAAUCGGUCGAUAAAGAAUGGGAAGAGUUCGCGAAAUUGGUGGAAAAGCGGAAAAAGCGACGGGAGCAGAGCUUCUACCCGUGCCCCCCCGAAGAGGAUUACGUCAGCACUUUAAUGUAUGGCCGAUACAGUCGGCAAUUGGGCGAGUUUGCGAAGCUAGAAGGGCUCAGACAGGCCGAAAAGAGGCGACUGAAGGAGGAUAGGGCCCGCAAAAAGGAGCUGAGGGGCUAUCAAGGAAAGCUCGCCAAGGCCGUGUCGUUCCUAUGGAAGCACACUUUCGCGCGCUUGGGCGAGGACUGGGUGUUUUUGGCGCUGUUGGGGGUCAUAAUGGCCGUGCUCAGCUUUAUAAUGGAUCGGGGGAUUUCCCUGUGUAAUUGGGCGCGAAUUUGGCUUUACAAUGAUUUAAAUGGACAGCCGUUUGCGCAAUAUGCGGCUUGGGUGUCUUUGCCGGUUUGUUUGAUUUUGUUUAGUGCUGGGUUUGUGCAUUUGGUGGCGCCGCAGUCGAUAGGUUCGGGGAUUCCCGAAAUGAAGACAAUCCUCCGCGGCGUCGCCCUCAAAGAAUACUUAACGUUCCGUACUCUCGUCGCCAAAGUAAUCGGCCUCACCGCCACCCUCGGCAGCGGCCUUCCCCUGGGCAAAGAGGGCCCUUUCGUCCACAUCGCCAGCAUUUCUGCCACUCUUUUGAGCAAACUCGUGACCGGCUUUCAGGGCAUUUACGAAAACGAGAACCGCACCACUGAAAUGCUCGCCGCCGCCUGCGCCGUGGGGGUGGGCAGCUGCUUCGCCGCCCCCGUGGGCGGCGUCCUCUUCAGCAUCGAGGUCACGACGGUCUACUUCGCCGUCCGCAACUACUGGCGCGGUUUUUUCGCCGCCGUCUGCGGCGCCACCAUCUUCCGCCUGUUGGCGGUUUGGUUCGACAGGGCUGACACCGUCACCGCCGUGUUCAAGACCAGCUUCCAGAUGGACUUCCCGUUCGACCCUCAGGAGCUGUUCGUUUUCGCCCUGAUUGGGGCGUUCUGCGGGCUGGGGGGCGCGUUCUACGUGUGGAUGCACCGCCAAUACGUCAUGUUUAUGCGAAAUAGCAAAACCAUUAAUAGUUUCUUGCAGAAAAAUCGUUUCCUGUAUCCUGCCAUUGUGAGUCUUCUAGUCUCGACUGUUUCGUUUCCGUUAGGGACGGGACAGUAUUUUGCGGGCGAUUUGACAACGCAUGAACAAGUCAUGGAUUUGUUUAGCAAUUUUACGUGGACUACCGAUAAUUUAUCGGCUGAUCAGCAUAACGUUUUGAAGCAUUGGCAAACGCCGCACACUGGGGUCUUCGUCAGCUUGAUUUCCUAUGUGGCGUUUACGUUCAUCUUCAGCAUCAUCUGCUCCACCAUCCCCGUCCCCAGCGGCAGUUUCAUCCCCGUUUUUAAAAUUGGCGCCGGUUUCGGCCGCCUCGUGGGCGAACUGAUGCACAUGUGGUUCCCCAGCGGGAUGCGCUACGGGGGCCAAAUCGCCACCAUCAUCCCCGGGGGCUACGCCACCGUGGGGGCGGCCGCCUUCAGCGGCGCCGUCACCCACACCAUCUCCGUCUCCGUCAUAGUUUUCGAAAUGACAGGACAAAUAUCGCACAUCAUCCCAAUCAUGAUCGCCGUUUUAAUAUCAAACGCAAUCGCUAGUCUUCUAGCCCCCAGCAUUUACGACUCGAUUAUUUUGAUAAAAAAAUUGCCCUAUUUGCCCGACCUGUUGCCCAGCAGCAGCGGCAUGUACAAAGUGUACGUGGAGGAUUUUAUGGUGCGUGAUGUUCGCUACAUUUUCAAUAACAUGACCUACGACCAAUUAAAAACAUUGCUGAAGGAGAAUCGCAAAUUGCAAAGCUUCCCAUUGGUUGAUAACCACGAUAACAUGAUCUUGCUUGGCUCAAUUCAACGCUUGCAAUUGAUCCAAUUGAUCGAGAAACACAUCGGGAGAGAGAGAAGAUUGCAAGUGGCGGCGAUCAGACAGAGAGAGGCCGAGGAGCGGGCAAGGGAGGAGGCGGAGCGUAAGGCGGAGGAACGCAAACGUCGCCCCUCCCGCUUUCAAGUUGUCCCCGCCCCUGACGUACUGGGCGUUAAGCAAAUGUCGGAGAAUCAACUCAAUGUUGAUAAACCGACGUUUCAUCCUGUUUUUGGGUCACAACCCAAAAAAUCAAUCUUGAAAAAAACCAAUUCCUUUACGUUGAAAGGUUUCAGUCCGUUUAUUUCUACAAGUCCAGGCUCUACUCCGUACACGACUGUUACGGGCGCUGAAAGUCGGAUUCGAUUGGCGUUUGAAGCGAUUUUUCGAAAAUCGGCUCAACUUCAAGAUGUUGAGAAUAAUGACAGUUCGCCAGUGUUGAAUAGUGCAGGAGGUUCGAUGGAUAAUAAGGUGCAAAUUAUACCGAUGAGUCCGUCAACAUCCAAGAAGGUGCAAUUGCCCAAGGAGCGCGUGUGCGACAUGUCCCCCGAGGACCAGCGCAUCUGGGAGGAGGAGCAAAUGCAGCUCCCUGUCGACUUUACUUCGUGUCACAUCGAUCCAGCGCCAUUCCAAUUGGUGGAGAAAACGUCUCUGCUCAAAGUCCACUCCUUGUUUUCAAUGGUGGGGGUAAACCACGCCUAUGUGACAGCCAUUGGCAAGUUGGUGGGCGUGGUCGGUCUAAAAGACCUUCGUAAAGCCAUCGAAGAUGCCAAUAGUGGUAAUCUACCACGUCAAAGUGUCGAAACGAACUCGAAUGGUAAUGUUGGUACCAUUGGUGAUAACGGUGAUUUGGACAAUGAGGCGGCUCAAGCGCUCGUCUCGAAGGUCUAGUGAUAAGGCAGCGAGAGUGAUUUUUAUGUGAUAAAACAGCGAUUUAUUUAAUUAUUGAAUGAAAAUGUUAAAAAAAUAAAGGGUAUGAUGAA